AUGCAGCUUCGACACCUUCUCCCGGCCUUCUUGGCUGCGUACUCCGCUCAGGCUGCUCCGGCGCCUUUGGAGGAUGCCGUAAACAGCUUUGCAGAGCGAGACGCUGCUCUGUCGUCAAUGUACAUCCCCGCGUCGACGUUCCAAACCGAUGUCUUGGCCGCCCAAGGCCUCGUCAACCUGGCGGUCUACCAGAUCACCCACCCUUCCGGCAAGUGCAACCUCCUCAACGCUGCGAUCCGGCGAGAAUGGUCGACUCUUUCCAAGCAGGAGAGACGCGCAUACAUCGACGCCGAAUUAUGCUUGAUGUCGAAGCCAUCGAAAGACCCUGCAUUCGCUGCUGGGGCAAAGACUCGAUAUGAUGACUUUGUUGCCGUGCACAUCAACCAGACGCUGUCCAUCCACGGCACAGCCAACUUCUUGUCAUGGCACAGAUACUUUACCUGGGCCUUCGAGCAAGCGCUCCGGAAUGAGUGCGGCUACACAGGCUACCAGCCAUACUGGAAUUGGGGAAAGUACGCCUUUGACCCGCUGAACUCGCCUCUCUUCGACGGCAGUGAGUACAGCAUGUCGGGCAAUGGUGAAUACGCACCCCACAACUGCACCAACGCCAUUACCACGAAUCUGAACUGCAUUCCCCCGGGGUCUGGCGGUGGCUGCGUCAAGACCGGACCUUUCAAGGACUACGUCGUCAACUUGGGUCCAGUGUCACCGACGUUGCAAGUCCCCGGCAUCAUCGACUACAAGAGUGAUGACCCAUUGGCCUACAACCCCCGCUGCCUGCGCCGCGACAUCUCAUCUUGGGUCUCGUCCAACUGGACCAAGGACUCGGACGUGUACGACCUCAUUGCCAACUAUCACGACAUCCUGUCUUUCGAAAACCGCAUGCAAGGAAACUUCACCGCUGGCUUCUAUGGCGUGCACACUGCCGGCCACUUUACCACCGGUGGCGACCCAGGUGGUGAUCUUUUCGCUUCGCCUGCCGAGCCAACCUUCUUCCUGCACCACGCCCAGAUCGACCGCACUUGGUGGAUCUGGCAGAACCAAGACUUGAAGAACCGCGGCAACGCCUUCGCCGGCGGUACCUCGACGCUCGACCCCACCGGCAGCCCGCCUGGAAAGUUGACUGACCCGAUCAUCAUGGGCAGUCUGGCCGAGGAUGUGACCAACCAAGACGUCAUGAGCACCACCGGUGGACCUUUGUGCUACAUCUACGUAUAA